CCUCAGCGCUAAUGGGUUGGGUUUAGUGGAGGUUGUGGAUGGAACCUCACUGCAGCCAGAGCUUGAAUAACAACGCGAUGAAUCUCCAAGCGCAACAGUCUCCUGCCUGGAAGUGCUGACAGAUCAAGGCAACAAAUUUCAAUUACAAGCCCUAAUUUGUGUCCGCAGAGCGUUUGUUACCCAUGUCAGCCCUGCCUGGCCCAUCAGACGGGGCAGAACGUGGAGGAGGAGGAGGAGGAGGAGGAGGAGGGGGAGAGAAGGAACGCAUCUGCAGAAAGGAAUAGAAUUUUUUUCUACUUAAAAAAACCCAAAACAAUCUCCCCCCCCCCCCCAAAAAAAAAAAAAAAACAACCUAAAAAAAAAACUUGGCUGAUAACUCGGAUUUAAAAAGAAAGGCGAGGAAAAGCCCCAGCCCCUUGCCUGCGCGGUCGGGAGGACGGGAGGGCGGCCGGCGCGGCGGGCCGGGCGCGGGUGCCGGUGCCGGCGGCCGCGGAGCGCCUGGAUGCGCGGGCUCUAGGGUGGCGGGCAUGGCCGACAAGCGGCGGUCCUCGCCAGGCACCACCAUGAGCCUCAAGGCUCACGCCUUCUCCGUGGAGGCUCUCAUCGGGGCCGAGAAGCAGCAGCAGCAGCAGCAGCCGCCGCCGCCGCGGCAGCCCAAGCGGAGGAAGCUGGGCGGCGAGGACGAGGCGGCGGAGGACGAGGGCGGCAGCGGCUGCUGCGCCAAGAGCUCUCCCGCCGCCGCCGCUGCCGGCAGGACCUGCGGCGACAUGGACCUGGGCUGCGCCGCCCGCGCCCCCGCCGGCGGCGGCGAGGAGGGCUUCCUGGCGGGCUCCCCGCCCGCCUCCCCCGGCGGCUCCCCCAAGGGCUCGCGGCCCGGUUCGCCGCUGCCCACGCCGCAGGCGCCGCGGGUGGAUCUGCAGGGCGCCGAGCUCUGGAAGCGCUUCCACGAGAUCGGCACCGAGAUGAUCAUCACCAAGGCGGGAAGGCGGAUGUUUCCUGCAAUGAGAGUGAAGAUCUCAGGUUUAGACCCACAUCAGCAGUAUUACAUUGCUAUGGAUAUUGUGCCAGUGGAUAACAAAAGAUACAGGUAUGUUUAUCACAGUUCCAAGUGGAUGGUGGCUGGUAAUGCUGACUCCCCAGUGCCGCCUCGUGUUUAUAUUCACCCUGAUUCACCCGCCUCGGGGGAGACGUGGAUGAGACAAGUGAUCAGCUUUGACAAACUGAAGCUUACCAAUAACGAGCUGGAUGAUCAAGGGCAUAUUAUCCUUCACUCUAUGCAUAAAUAUCAGCCUCGUGUCCACGUCAUCCGAAAAGACUGUGGCGAUGAUCUGUCCCCUGUCAAGCCCAUCCCUUCGGGAGAAGGGGUGAAAGCCUUCUCCUUCCCUGAGACAGUCUUCACUACUGUCACAGCAUACCAAAAUCAACAGAUAACUCGUCUGAAGAUUGAUAGGAAUCCAUUCGCCAAAGGCUUUAGAGAUUCGGGCCGUAACAGAAUGGGACUGGAAGCUCUGGUAGAGUCUUACGCCUUCUGGAGACCUUCGCUGAGGACAUUAACAUUUGAAGACAUACCUGGGAUACCCAAACAAGGAAAUGCAGGUUCCUCUUCUUUACUCCAGGGAUCUGGCAGUGGAGUGCCAUCUACCCACCCUCACCUUUUACCGGGCUCCCCUUGCUCUUCUCCAGCCUUCCACCUCAGCCCCAACACUAGCCAGCUGUGCACCCUUGCUCCAGCUGACUACACAGCUUGUGCCCGCUCGGGCCUGGCCCUGAACAGAUACAGCACUUCCUUGGCUGAAACCUACAACCGGCUCACCAACCAGACUGGCGAGACCUUCGCUCCCCCAAGGACUCCCUCCUACGUCGGCGUGUCGAGUAGCACAACUGUGAAUAUGUCCAUGAGUGGCAACGAUGGGGAUGCGUUCAGCUGCCCGCAGACUGGCUUAUCCAUGCAGAUUUCAGGGAUGUCUCCACAGCUCCAGUACAUCAUGCCUUCCCCAUCCAGCAAUGCCUUUACCACUAAUCAGACCCACCAAGGCUCCUACAACACGUUUAGACUGCACAGUCCCUGUGCACUCUAUGGAUAUAACUUUUCCACAUCCCCUAAACUGGCUGCCAGUCCUGAGAAAAUCGUUUCUUCCCAAGGAAGUUUCUUGGGGUCCUCGCCAAGUGGAACCAUGACGGAUCGGCAGAUGUUGCCCCCCGUGGAAGGAGUGCACUUACUUAGCAGUGGGGGGCAGCAGAAUUUCUUUGACUCUAGGACCCUAGGAAGCUUGACACUCUCGUCUUCUCAAGUGUCUGCACAUAUGGUUUGAUGAAGCCUUUAAGUAAAAGUACAGUAUGUUUGGUGUCUACAAUGUAUUUCUUUUGGAAUAUGAAAGGACACUCGAUGUAGCUUGUAAAGUGUGUGUAUAUAUAAUAUGAGAGGAAGUUUCACUGAAAUUUUGACUUGCUUGUGGCCAGAUUAUUCUCCUAUUUUGAGUUACACAGAGUUUGCUGCGGUGCAGACUGCUUUAGUUUUCUGGUAUAAUACACUUUGUUGUAUAACACGUUGGGACAUAUGCAACAAAUUAAGUAAGACUUCCUCCCCUUUCCCCCUCCUCUGUUCUAACCCCUUUAAAGAAUGAAGUGACACUUGGAGUAUUAAACAACACAAAAAAAGCCCACUUAUAUUUCCUGUAGUACUAGUGAGUUUCUUUAAAACAUUCAUACAAUAAGCUGAUGCACCAAAGGCAUUUUACAAGUUUCUUCUGUUACAAGGGAUACAAAGGGUAUUUGGACUUCUUGGUGUUAAGCAUCAAGCAUCCAGCCUAAAAUAGAAGUUUAGCUAAUGGAUUAUUUACAAAGUAAAUGGAAAGAUUAGUUUGCCUUCUCAUGAUAUGCUGGGUUUAGCUUAUCAAUGGCACAGCAUUCUCACUAGAAUUUUUUUUCAGCAUUAGUCUAGAUUUAUGAUUAUAUGUUUGAAGACAAAUAAUGCAUAUUCUAAUUGUGGUGAUAGGAAUAAUUCAAAUCAACAGCACUAGAAGCAGCAUCCCUUUGUAUGAAAUGAAUGUUGGGGUGCUUAAUUUUUUGUCAAAGGUAGGGCUUGAUGCAUUUUUUCCUCCAUAAAUAUUGCCUAUAAGACAUUUACUGGACAGUAGGAUAUUCUAAUGUAUCUUUGUUUUUGUAUUUUUACUUUUUUAAAGGAAAAUUCAGUUUGAUUUAGGAAAAAAGAAAAAAAGAAAAAGUGAGCAGGAUGAGAAAUUCCAUUAUUGGUUUUACCUGUUUUGUGUGCGUGACAUGUUUUGGGUUUGGUUUUUUCCUUUUGUGUUUGCUUGGUUGAUUUUUUUGGUUUUGGUUUUUUUUUUUUUUUUUGGUUUUUGUUUUU